AACUUAGAGACUAGACUUACUUCACACUUUUCUUCAACGAAGAUGUCAUCUUCAGAUGAAGACGGCGUCUUGUCUUCAGCAGCAGCUAUUAUGAUGAGGCAUGGCCGACGUAAGGACAAGUGGUACCAGAAAGUGAGCUCCCACAUGAAAGGGGCAUUUCACGGCAAAAAGAAAAUGAAACGGUUCACAAAGUCUGCAGAAAACCUGAAUAGAAUAGACAAAUCUAAUCUGGCCCAGAAUGGCAGGAGAGAAAAUUUAAGUGGAUCUCUGUUAAGUUUGCCAGGACAGUGUAGAACAGAAUGGUCUGACAAUGAAUCCAACUCCGAUAUGGAGCUAUGGAGAGAGAAUGGUAGUAGUCAUUGGACGGACAAGAUAACUGAACAUGAUUCUGUGUCCCAAGUUGACAUCCAGGUGACCCCUGCAGGUACGGACGUGGACUCUGAUAAAGGGAAUUUUCUUGGUGGUGCCCACCACCCCCACCAUCAUCACAAUGGUGUCUGCUCCAGUAAUUUUCUGUGCGUUCCUCAUGAUGAUUCGGAUGCUUCCGAUGUGUCGGAUGUGGAAACCAGAUCACGGUGCGGAUCUCUGUUUGACUCCAUGUCAGAGUCCAGUGUAGAUUCUCUGCUCCAGGACACAAACGUCAGACAACGGAGACAUGAGUUAAUGCAGCAUUCAUUCUUCCACUUGGACGUGUGGCUCAAGGAAGGAAAAGAUCUCGUUGUGAGAGACAGUAGUGGUACCAGUGAUCCUUACGUAAAGUUCAAAAUAGGUAGCAAACAUUAUUAUAAAAGUAGAACUGUGUUCAAGAACUUGAAUCCAAAAUGGGAUGAAAAGUUUACGAUUCCCAUUGAGGAUGUGUUUAAACCAGUGUGUGUGAAAUGUUACGACUAUGAUAGAGGAGUUUCAGACGAUCGCAUGGGAUCUGCAGAAUUAGACCUCUCCUCGCUUGAAUUAAAUACUCCUACAGAAUUAAAGCUAGAGCUGAAAGAAAAGAAAGAUGUUGAAUAUAUGGGCUAUAUACUUCUGCAGUGUACACUAAUACCAAAGUCCAGUGAAGAGAAAGAGCAAUUCCAUCAGUUCAAAGGAUCGACUUUACGAAAAUCACCCGGCACUCUGGAAUCUCAGGCCAGGAAACUCAAGAUGCAGAUCUGGAGCGGAAUCGUGAAUAUUGUUUUAGUGGAGGGACACAAUCUCAUGGCUAUGGAUGACAACGGGUUGAGUGACCCCUACGUCAAGUUCAAGCUUGGUCAGGAGAAAUACAAGAGUAAACACAAAUUAAAAACCCUAAAUCCUAGGUGGUUAGAACAGUUCAGUCUACGAAUCUUUGAUGACCAGAGUAAGACUUUGGACAUCAGUGUGUACGAUCAUGACCUGCGAUCUGAUGAUUUUAUGGGCAGAGCAACAAUUGAUCUUUCUGAAAUAGAGAAAGAAAGGACGCACACUAUAGUUAAGGAACUUGAAGAUGGAGCCGGCACGAUCAAACUUCUAUUGACCAUCAGUGGGACUCAGGGUGCGGAAACUAUCACCGAUCUCAUCAAUUACACAACUAACACGAAAGAGAGGGAUGAUUUGUUCCGUAGUUAUGGAAUCUUCAACUCCUUUAAAAACUUGAAGGACAUUGGGUGGCUUCAAGUGAAAGUGAUCAAGGCUCAGGGUUUAAUGGCAGCUGAUAUUGGCGGGAAAAGUGACCCAUUCUGUGUGUUAGAGCUGGUCAAUGCCCGUCUCCAGACUCAGACAGAAUACAAGACACUCAACCCAGAGUGGAACAAGGUCUUCACAUUUAAUGUGAAGGAUAUCCAUUCUGUGUUAGAGGUUACGGUGUAUGACGAAGACAGAGAUAAGAAAGCUGAAUUUCUCGGCAAAAUCGCAGUUCCUAUUCUUCAGAUGAAGAGAGGUAUAAGACGAUGGUAUGCCUUGAAGGACAAAAAAUUACUUGGGAGAUCAAAAGGAGCUAUUUUAUUAGAGAUGGAUUUUAUCUACAAUCCGGUGAAAGCUGCUAUCCGAACAGUCAAUCCUAGAGAAGAAAAAUAUAUGCAACCUGACCCAAAGUUCAAAAUUGCGCUGAUGAAGAGGAAUAUUAACAGAGUUUCGCAAAUCAUAUCAUCCAUUAUGGAGGUCGGUAAAUUCUUGCAGAGCUGUUUCGAAUGGGAAUCCAAGGCUCGGAGCAUUACUGCCUUUACAGUAUUCCUUAUCAUCACCUGGUUUUUUGAGCCUUACAUGUUACCUGUGACAUUACUCAUACUCUUUCUAAAGAAUUAUCUCAUCAAGUCAGCUAAAGAAGCCUUCUCUGUGGAAAACAAAGAGGAAGUCGUUAAUGUAGAUGAAGAUGAUGAUGAUGAGGAGGAGGAGGCUUCUAAGGAUGAGAAAAAAAGUGUUCGAGAAAAGUUACAAGCAGCUCAAGAAGUUUGUUUACAAGUUCAACAGGGAAUGGACAUGGUGGCUUCUCUAGGGGAGAGGAUAAAAAAUACAUUUAAUUGGACGGUGCCUUGGUUAUCCAUUCUAGCUGUGAUCGUGUUGUCUAUUCUUGUCUUAGUUUUGUACUACAUUCCAAUCCGUGUUCUCAUCUUAUUAUGGGGCAUCAACAAAUUUACGAAGAAGUUGAGGGCUCCUAAUGCAAUACCAAACAAUGAACUGCUUGACUUUUUGUCCCGAGUGCCUUCAGAUAGUGAAGUGACUCAGUAUAGAGAGUUUGCACCUGAUGUCCCAAACCUUGGAAAAAAGAAAAGAGCUUAAGCAGAAAUUAGUAUUAUUUUUAAAGGUUGUGUAGAUCUGGGAAUGUGUCUCGGUGAAGUCAGAUUUAGUACUGCUCUGAUAUUCAAGGAAUGAUCUGAAAUAUCAGCAUUUGUAGCUGUUAAUACUCCCACUGAAGGGAUCAAACCAUUUUACAACUUUCUUAAGUGACAAUUUGUAUUUUUUUCAGGGUAAUGUAGUUUUUAUUUAUUUUUGGUUAUAACUUAUUAUGGAGGAAAGAUAUGUUUUUAAUGAGGUUUUCAUUACCUAUACCUGUAUGUGCAAAUGUGAAUAUUUUAUAUACUUUCAAAACUUUAUCAAGUUAUGGAAUAUGAUGAUAGAAUGGGAAUUUAUGUGCAAUGUGAUGUAGUAAAAAGUAAAUUUAAGAAACUAGUUAAUUGCUGAAGAAAACAUUAUUAAUAAAAUAGGAGCAAGACUGUUUUUUGGUAUAGACAUCUCCUUUUAGUUGCAGAAGGUGCUACCUAUGCUAGUUAUUAGUUCAAAGAAAGAUGUGUUCAAAUGUGACAAAAUAAAUCAAAGUUUUAAUUUUUAUGGGUAUCAAACUUGAUUUUACAGACAGAGCAUAUUAAAGGGAUCCUUUUUUAAUGAAGAAUUUCAAAUUCUAGAAUACAUUAAAUAAAGGCAUGUCAUGGAUAGCAUAAUUUAUUUCCUGUGCAGAUUAAAAGAAUCAUAUUGAGGAAUAAAUCAAAAAAUAUAUUUGCAUCAAAUGUAUUUUUAGAGAGAAUUUGUAAUUUCAAAAAAAAAAAAAGAUCAUGGUUGCAUAAGAGUUUUGAAGACACAUGAUCUCAAAAGAGUUGUAAAGAUCGUGAUUGCUGAAGUCGAAGAGUUCUGAAGAUCUAUAACUUACUUUCAGUCUUCCAUUAAGUAUUAGAUUUUUUUUUAAUAGAGUAGAUGAAUCAUCAUUAAAUUAUUUUCAUGUGCCUUGACUGAUACACUGUGAACAAUGUAGGGGUAAACAGACAUUCCCCUAUUAAUGCUCUAGAAGACGUGUUCGUUUUACAAUGCAUUCAAGUGUUCUGCCAUGCUUCAGUUCUUUUUAUGCUCAAAAAUGAUGAUAAGUACUAUGUACAUAUUUGUUUUAAUACUCAUUUGUCUUUAGUUGUAAAUUUAUUGUGUUUUACUGUUUAUACUGACCUAGAUCAGUCUAAUGGAAAAAAAAAAUUGUUACACUAGAGUUUAAAAGUUUUUGCAAUAUCACAAGAAAGCCUGUUGACAAACAGCCAUGUACAUGUAACAAAUGUAUUUUCAAUAUUUCUAUGUUUUCAAUGGUUUCUCAGUAUUUGAAUAUUGGUAAAUUUAAUUUUUGGGAAAUGGUUAUAUAUUUGAGAAUGAUUUUUUUUUUCUUUUUUUUUUUAUACAAACUUUUAUGUUUUCUUACUCCAGUUUCUGUAUGGUUGAUUCCACAUCAAAAUAAGUUAAUCUUGGAAAAAAAUUCAGAGGCAGAUUAUUUUCUUCAGCAAGAUUUAAAGCAUAAGAAAUCUGCAGAACUAUUGAUCUGCACAUUUUAUAAAAACUAAAGACAAUUACUAUCUUUCAAAAAAAUGUUCAAGGAAAAAAGGAGUAAACAAGUGACAAAGAUUUGUUCAUUUUAGGCCAUACAGUCAUUCUGUUGUUAAUUAACUUCAUAAUGUGUUGUCAGAUUUUGAUACAGUAGAUUACCGAUUCAGAUGGAAAUUCUAAGCAUUGAAUAGUUCAAAGUGUAAAUUUUUUUUUAUCAAUUUCUUGUUAUUAACUAUCAGUGAUUUGGAUCUUUUUUUUUUUUUUUCUGGAAGUUUUUUGAACAUGUAAAAGGUACAUAAAUAUAAUGUUGAACAAUGACAGUUUGUGUAAAAUAGAUUUUGCUGUUAAAAGUUAUGAGUGUUUAUAUUCAACUGAGUAUGGUUCUAUCAAUUAUCUGUUGCAAGCGUACUAUAAUGUAAAAGAAAAUAUUCUACAUGUACCAUCAUGAACAUAACAUUCCUAUUGUUAAAUCCGUCCUGUCCAUCUUUUCGUAUUUCUUCUCUACCUUCAUAUAUAAGUCAUUAAGGAGGAUUGACCCUCUGCAAAAAGGAGAUAACUCUGUAAUUGAAAAUCACUGUUUUUGCAUUCAACAAUUUCAGAGUUUGUCUCAAGUUGUAUACUAAAUUUGUUUGAAUGUCAUUGUUAUCCUCCCUUUACCUUUAGAAAAUUGUACCAUAAAAUUCCAUUUUAUUUAACAGAGGGUCUCUCUACCUUAAUUUAUUCAAUUUUUUUUUCUUUAAGAAAUAAGUUUUGAUAUAUAGAAAACUUCCAAUGUAUCUGUCUCCCUGGUUUCAGUUUAUUGUUAUGUUGGGGUUGAUCGUUGCAAUUACCAAUAUUUGUUAUUUAUUUACAAAUAAAUAUUUUAAAAAUGUU